CCCGGCAGGCGAGGAGCGUGGGUCCACGGAGGCUCCGGGUGCGGCCGCGGGCUGCGGAGCGAGCGGGCGGCCCGGCUUCCCGCGUCCCCCGCUCGCCGCGACUGUCGUCUGGAAGAUGGCGCCGGGCGGAUGGAAAUCCUAAUGACAGUCUCCAAAUUCGCCUCCAUCUGUACCAUGGGCGCCAAUGCCUCGGCAUUAGAGAAAGAGAUUGGUCCAGAACAGUUUCCGGUCAACGAGCACUAUUUUGGAUUAGUCAAUUUUGGAAAUACCUGCUAUUGCAACUCAGUUCUUCAAGCACUUUAUUUUUGUCGUCCAUUUCGGGAAAAAGUUCUGGCAUACAAGAGUCAGCCCAGAAAAAAGGAGAACCUUCUCACCUGCCUGGCAGACCUCUUCCACAGCAUAGCCACCCAGAAGAAGAAGGUCGGCGUGAUCCCGCCCAAGAAAUUCAUCACGAGAUUGCGAAAAGAAAAUGAGCUGUUUGACAACUACAUGCAACAAGAUGCCCAUGAAUUCUUAAAUUAUCUACUCAAUACAAUUGCUGAUAUUCUACAAGAAGAAAGAAAACAGGAAAAGCAAAAUGGCCGUUUACGUAACGGUGACGUGGACAGCGAAGAGAACAGCAGCACACCAGACCCAACGUGGGUCCACGAGAUUUUUCAGGGAACACUGACUAAUGAAACCAGGUGUCUUACGUGUGAAACUAUAAGCAGCAAAGAUGAAGAUUUUUUAGACCUUUCUGUUGACGUGGAACAAAACACAUCAAUCACUCACUGCUUAAGAGGGUUUAGUAACACAGAAACCCUGUGCAGUGAAUAUAAAUACUACUGUGAAGAGUGCCGAAGCAAACAGGAAGCACACAAACGGAUGAAAGUUAAGAAACUCCCCAUGAUCCUAGCUCUGCACCUGAAGAGAUUUAAGUAUAUGGACCAGCUUCAUCGCUACACAAAGCUUUCCUACCGGGUGGUGUUUCCCUUAGAACUUCGGCUGUUCAACACUUCAGGAGACGCAACCAACCCUGACAGGAUGUACGACCUCGUUGCUGUUGUGGUUCACUGUGGAAGUGGUCCCAAUCGAGGCCAUUAUAUCGCAAUAGUUAAGAGUCAUGACUUUUGGCUGUUAUUUGAUGAUGACAUUGUUGAAAAAAUAGAUGCACAAGCUAUUGAAGAAUUCUACGGGUUGACAUCCGAUAUCUCCAAGAACUCGGAGUCUGGGUACAUCCUGUUCUAUCAGUCUCGGGACUGAAGGGGCCACAGUGGACGGAAGCUUCUGCGGCUUCUCUGGUUGCUGCGGAAAGGAUAGCGCUGAUGUUUAAGAAGACGGAGACACGCAGGACGCGCGGGGCAGUAGCUCGCUUUGCCUACAAUAAAGCAAAGACUAUGGAUUAACAUGCCCUUCCGAUCACAGUAGUUGAAUUUUUUGCUCAGGAAUCAUGCUGUCCGUGCAGUUCCACACCAGGAAGUGGGAUCAGAGAAACCAGCUCCUCUUAUACAGCAGCUGUGGCUGCCAACACAUUUCUUCUAGUCACCAUACCAGUCAUGAGUUCCUGGGAGGGCAGUGGGAGAACUGGGAUGUGCUAGGUUGAUUGAGCACACCGCGCUGUGCGAGAGCGCGCGGGGUGCUUACGCUGUGGACAGGAGCGGUUGAGUGGUCUUUUCAGACAUACUGGAAAGUUCCUUUGGGCCCAAUCCUUGCAGGUGCCUUCCUGACGCCCAGAACCCACAGCCGCGGAGCCCAGUGUCAGGAAGUGAGAUACUCUGCUUCUGUGGAGAAGCGUGUGCUGAUACAACGUGUGUGCGCAUGGAGGGGACGGUCGGUCAGGGCUGUGUUCUUGAUUCCCCAGGGUGAAGACUGGCUUUGUAAUGAUCAUUUUUCCUUAUUUAUUUUCCUUAAACUGGUGGAGUCCAAGCAUUGUUUGUAGUGCCGACGACUCUGCCAGCAAAUCCUUUUUAUUAGUUUGUCAGCAGAAGUAGUCCUGUUGUUUGUUUCUGUUUCUAAGGUGAACUGAAAAUUCUAGCUGAAAUCACUAAGAUAAUCAUGAGAUGAUUGCAGUGAGCGAGGUCAGUACUGUCAGGAGGGACUGUCUGGCUGAGUGUUUCCUCUCGGUCACAGUUUGUCACUUUAAAAAAAAAAUAGCUUUAAUUUCAUUA